CGUCGCUCACUUAAACCCUAAACACCUCCACUGAAGUAGUGAGAGAGAGAGAGAGAGAGAGAGAGAGAAAAUGAGACCACCAAUGGGAGGAGGCGGGUUCAGGGGAAGAGGAGGAAGAGACGGCGGCGGCGGUAGAUUCGGUGGAGGAGGAGGACGAUUCGGUGGCGGCGGUGGACGUUUCGGUGGCGGCGGACGCGGAGGCGGUCGCUUUGGCGGGUUUAGAGACGAAGGGCCUCCUGAAGAAGUCGUGGAGGUUGCAACUUUCGUUCAUGCCUGUGAGGGAGAUGCUGUGACCAAACUCUGUCAGGAGAAGAUUCCUUAUUUCAAUGCUCCUAUCUACCUCCAGAACAAGACUCAGAUUGGCAAAGUUGAUGAGAUCUUUGGCGCAAUCAAUGAAUCUUUGUUUUCUAUCAAAAUGAUGGAAGGUAUUGUAGCCACCUCGUAUGCUCCUGGAGACAAGUUCUUCAUCGACCCUGCAAAGCUUUUGCCCCUCGCUAGGUUCCUUCCUCAGCCUAAGGGUCAAUCAGCUGGUGGCCGUGGUGGCCGUGGUGGUCGUGGAGGAUUCUCGAGAGGCAGAGGAGGUCCUUCAAGAGGAGGAGGAGGUUUCAGAGGUAGAGGUCCUCCAGGACGCGGUAGAGGAUUUCCCUCACGAGGUGGUGGUCGUGGAGGCUUCAGAGGCAGAGGAGGAAGAUUCUAGUUUCAUUCUCCUCUUACUUUAUGUUUUAUUUAUCCAACUUGGACCCUUAAUGCUUUCAAAUGAGACUGUUUUCCCACAUUAUAAUACUGAGUUUGAGAAGGAGAGUAAAGAAUCUAUCUCAAUUAGGAUCAGAUUGAUGAUUAACACCUUCAAUAAUGAACUUUGCUUUGAUCUCA